GUAUUCUCGCGAGAAGACUGGGAGGCGGCAGUGAUGGCGGCGGCGGGAACCGGAUCCGGCCCGGGAGCGGGUACCGGACCCGGCCCAGGAGCGGCAACAAAUGCAACAACGGCAGAAGAAGGAGAAACGAAACCGGUGACAGCGGUAGCAGUCACUCCGGCCGGAGAGGGGACGUCUGCUGCUCCGGCGGCUGAGCCCAGUUCUGGAGAGGCUGAAAGCGGGGAUGCAAACUUGGUUGAUGUAAGUGGUGGUUUGGAGACAGAAUCCUCUAAUGGAAAAGAUACACUAGAAGGUGCUGGGGAUACGUCAGAGGUGAUGGAUACUCAAGCAGGAUCGGUGGAUGAAGAGAAUGGCCGACAGUUGGGAGAGGUGGAAUUGCAGUGUGGGAUAUGUACAAAAUGGUUCACAGCAGACACCUUUGGCAUAGAUACCUCAUCCUGUCUACCUUUCAUGACCAACUAUAGUUUCCAUUGCAACGUGUGCCAUCAUAGUGGGAAUACUUAUUUCCUCCGGAAGCAAGCAAAUUUAAAGGAAAUGUGCCUUAGUGCUUUGGCCAACCUAACAUGGCAGUCUCGAACACAGGAUGAACAUCCAAAAACCAUGUUCUCCAAAGAUAAGGAUAUUAUACCAUUUAUUGAUAAAUAUUGGGAGUGCAUGACAACCAGACAGAGACCUGGGAAAAUGACUUGGCCAAAUAACAUUGUCAAAACUAUGAGUAAAGAAAGAGAUGUAUUCUUGGUGAAGGAACACCCUGAUCCAGGGAGUAAAGACCCAGAAGAAGAUUACCCCAAAUUUGGACUUUUGGAUCAGGAUCUUAGUAACAUUGGUCCUGCUUAUGACAACCAAAAACAAAGUAGUGCUGUGUCUACCAGUGGGAAUCUAAAUGGUGGAGCUACUUUUGGAGGGGGAAUCGCAGCAGGAAGCAGUGGAAAAGGAAGAGGAGCUAAGCGCAAACAGCAGGAUGGAGGGACUACAGGGACCACCAAGAAGGCCCGGAGUGACCCUUUGUUUUCUGCUCAGCGUCUUCCCCCUCAUGGCUACCCUUUGGAACACCCCUUCAACAAAGAUGGCUAUCGGUAUAUUCUAGCUGAGCCUGAUCCCCAUGCUCCUGACCCUGAGAAACUUGAACUUGACUGCUGGGCAGGAAAACCUAUUCCUGGAGAUCUGUAUAGAGCCUGCUUGUAUGAACGAGUUUUGUUAGCCCUACAUGAUCGAGCUCCCCAGUUAAAAAUCUCUGAUGACCGACUGACUGUGGUUGGAGAGAAGGGCUACUCCAUGGUGCGGGCCUCUCAUGGAGUGCGGAAAGGUGCCUGGUACUUUGAAAUCACUGUGGAUGAGAUGCCACCAGACACUGCUGCCAGACUGGGUUGGUCCCAGCCUCUAGGUAACCUUCAAGCUCCCUUGGGUUAUGAUAAAUUUAGCUAUUCUUGGAGAAGCAAAAAAGGAACCAAAUUCCACCAGUCUAUUGGAAAACACUACUCUUCUGGCUAUGGACAGGGGGAUGUCCUGGGAUUUUAUAUUAAUCUUCCUGAAGACACAGAGACAGCCAAGUCACUGCCUGAUACUUACAAAGAUAAGGCUUUGAUAAAGUUCAAAAGUUAUUUGUAUUUUGAGGAAAAAGACUUUGUGGAUAAAGCAGAGAAAAGCCUAAAGCAGACUCCACAUAGUGAGAUAAUAUUUUAUAAAAAUGGUGUCAAUCAAGGUGUGGCUUACAGAGAUAUUUUUGAGGGAGUUUACUUUCCAGCCAUCUCACUGUACAAGAGCUGCACGGUUUCCAUUAACUUUGGACCAUGCUUCAAGUAUCCUCCAAAGGAUCUCACUUACCACCCUAUGAGUGACAUGGGCUGGGGUGCUGUGGUAGAACACACACUGGCUGAUGUGUUGUAUCAUGUGGAGACAGAAGUAGAUGGGAGGCGCAGCCCCCCCUGGGAACCCUGACCAUUCCUCUUUCUUUUCAGACCUGGACUUUCUGGCAAAUAAGACCAGGGUUUUUAUUUUUGUUUUUUAACUGUCAGAUUUUCUCCCAAAGAUGCUACAGAACACAGCCUCUAUUUUCCUCAAGGUAAAAGGCUGAGUAGACUAUGGGAGACCCCUAUCCUUCAAUAUUCCCUGCCCAUUUCCAGUUACUGUUCUUCUUUUGUGUGCCAUAAAGCAACAACUCCUGACCCCAGGAUCCCACAAGCUCCCUGUGAAACUGGUGCUCUUCCACAUCCCUGCCAGCUGAGACUUCCUACCUUACUGUAUUUUCUAAGGAGAGAAUAAUCUUGUCCAAGUAACUAACAUAUUUAAGACAUUUCCUCCUGUGGACAUUGAUUCCAUCCCACCUGAUUUCCAUGGAGACGCUGAGCCUGUUCAUGAGAAUAACUUAAAUCAGUGGUUAUACAUUCCAAACCAAUCUAAAAGCUAUUUCCUUUUGGUGUAGGUUUGGUUAUUAAUUUUGAAAUACAUUUUUCUCAGUACUGGGAUCUCUGAAACUCCUGGGUCUCUAGAACUAUAAUACUGAAAUAAACUUAACUGCAGCUUUAACACAAUUAGAACUAUUCCCCAAUAAAUCUUGUUUCCAGGUU